AUGGAGAAGGAGAGAGAGAAGUUUGUGUACUUGGCGAGACUAAACGAACAAGCUGAGAGAUACGAUGAGAUGGUUGAAGCGAUGAAGAAAGUUGCAGCUCUUGAUGUAGAGCUCACUAUUGAUGAGAGGAACUUGUUGUCUGUUGGGUACAAGAAUGUGAUUGGUGCUAGGAGAGCCUCGUGGAGGAUCCUGUCUUCGAUCGAACAGAAAGAAGAAUCGAGGGGAAACGAACAGAAUGCAAAGAGGAUUAAGGAUUACAGAACAAAGGUCGAAGUUGAGCUCUCUAAGAUCUGCUACGACAUUUUGGCUGUUAUCGAUAAGCAUCUUGUCCCAUCAGCAACUUCAGGAGAAUCCACUGUUUUCUACUACAAGAUGAAAGGAGACUAUUUGAGGUACUUGGCUGAGUUUAAAUCUGGUGCUGACCGAGAUGAUGCUGCUGAUCAGUCACUAAAGGCCUACGAAGCUGCAACGACUACAGCUAGCUCUGAAUUGGGUCCCACACAUCCAAUCAGACUCGGGUUGGCUCUCAACUUCUCCGUCUUCUACUACGAGAUCUUAAACUCUCCAGAACGAGCGUGUCAUUUGGCGAAGAAAGCGUUUGACGAAGCUAUCGCUGAGCUUGACAGUCUUAAUGAAGACUCGUACAAAGACAGCACACUUAUCAUGCAGCUUCUCAGGGAUAAUCUCACUUUAUGGACUUCUGAUCUAGAGGAAGGAGGUGAACAAUCUAAAGGGGACAAGUCACAAGAUGAGGACUAA